GGGACACCGCCCUUGGAAGAACACCGAUCUGGAUGGUCCCAUGUCUCGAAUUGGUAGUACGUCCAUUAUGUUUCUGCUCUUCAUCAUCAACCACUAGAAUAUGUCCUCUUUUCCUUUCAUCGACAGAAUUGUUAUCUUGCUUUUAUCCGAUUCGGUCGUCGAGAUAUUAUUAUUACCCGAGCAAGCAAAGCAUCUGUUAGGUCGGAUCAAGAUUUCUCUUUGGAAAUCGGGAAGGCGGUCGGUGAUGGGCAAAGAAAAGAUGUUCAUCGUCUCCGGAAGGGUUGGGUUGGUUUCGAACUAAUUAAAGGCAGCAAGAUCUGUUCGACAAGACCAUCUUCCAGGCAGGGCGCACAUCUGAAUGAAUUAGUCUUGAACCGAUCACAUCGCAACUCCUACAGCUAGCUUGUCGUCGAGCUGGAGCACUUCAGAACAAGGAGCGAUGGUGAGGGCCAUAAGAUCAUGAUAAAUAGAUCGAGAGAAAAGGAGAAGGCGACCAGACAAGAAGGUGCCACGAGCGAUGGCAAAUUCCCGGUGAGCUCCAGACCAUGGCUGGGACUAAGGAACCCACGAAUCGUUCGCGUUUCUCGCGCGUUCGGAGGGAAAGACCGGCACAGCAAGGUCAGCACCAUCAGAGGAUUGAGGGACAGGCGCGUGAGGCUCUCCGUCCCAACUGCCAUUCAACUCUAUGAUCUGCAAGAUAAGCUGGGAGUCGAUCAACCAAGCAAGGCCGUCGACUGGUUGCUUGCUGCUGCUCAACACGAGAUCGACAAGCUGCCUCCGCUUCCGUUUCCACCGGCAAGUUUCACACAACUCGGCCAAUCGUUUCCGAUCUCGACCGCUUUCUCCUAUCAUCAUCCAAUCACAUCCCAAGGCCUUGCGCUUACUCUUCACGACAAAGAUGUCAAGUGUGCAGAUGAAACCGGAGAUUGCCCCUUGGCAUUGUUUUCGUCGGCGGCGGAAAACGACGGAGUUCUUGGGAAUAAAGCAGCUGAGCUCGCCAAGUUUCCAGGUUUCAGUUUGAGUUCAAGCGUAAGAACAGAUGUUACGACGAGACAGGUUAUCGGAGAAGGCAAAAACGACGACAACGUCCGAAGUUAUUGUGCACAGGUUUCCGAAGCCUGUGAUAAUUCGUUGACAGGCUCGGGAAGUAAUUUGAUCCCACAUGCUUCCCACUACUAUCACUCGAAUCCGGCAAAUUCGAAUGCAUAUGAGCACCAGUUUGGAGGCAACUCAUCUUCGCCGCCAUCGGUUCCUGGAUCCCAACUGGUCUUUUAUGCCUCAGGAGGCACACCGCCGAUGUUUCCAACGUAUAUGACCCCUCCGAACGGCUCGAGUUCGAGGCAGUCGAUCCACAUUCCAUCUGCAGCUUCACAAGAUCUCCGAUCAAGUUGUGAAACAUUUCUUCGGUCCGGCAGCCAUGUAUCGGUGAGACCUUCUCAGCAAAGAUCAUCAUCCGGUGUUCACCGUCCGUUCGAUCGUCAUGAGAACUAGCUAACCGAAAAAGUCUUACGAGAAGAAAGAGAGAUGGAUGGAUCGAUCAGGCUUCUCGUGUAAAGCAUGCCGUUCCAAAAAACAGAAGAGCGAUACAUAUAAGAAUGCUUCAAAUGCGAACAUUUUCUACCGAGUGUUUGUGAUGAAUUCAACUCUUUGUCCAUUCGUUAGUUUCUUUUGAUAACGGGGGGGAAGCUUGUGAUCGCAA